AUAUUGUUUGGAUGAUUUUUGAAAAUUUUGACAUAAUUAUAAAUUGAAAGUUACCAAAAAUAGAAAAUAUGUUUAAAUAAUCUAAUAUAAUAAUUUUUCCAUUUAUUUUAAUUCUCUAUCUUAAUUUUUUCUUUUUAAUUAAUAAUACUCAUGAUCAUUGAUUUAUGAGACAGAAAGUAAAAAAAAAAAAAUUAAACAUAUAAAGGCACAAAUCUCUCUUUUUUUUUUUUUUUACUAAUGCUCGUGACAUUAUAAAUUUUAGAUGGUCAAUAAUUUAUCUUUUCCCUUUUUAAAUUUUAAAAUUAGAAUAUAAAACUUGUGCCUAAUUCUUACCCCGGAAAUGGUUAUCCCAAAAAAUGCGGAUCGGCCGGUCAAAAGAUUUCAACCCAGAUCCGGUGACGCUACCGAAUCCGAAUCCGAAUCCGAAUCUUAGGCUGGGGCGGCUGUCUUAAGUAUAUCAUAAUUAGAAAAUCGAAAAUCUAGGACACGUGGAGUGACCAGCCAAUGACGGCAGGAUCACGUUAUCAGGGGCUAGUGUACACGUGGCGCCCCGCGAAUGAGUUAGCAAAAGCGAAGCUUUUUUUUUUUUUUUUUUUUCUGAAAUUCGUUAAGAUGGCUCCUGCAGGGGGUGGGGCAGAUAAGUAUCGUUCUUACUUGCAGGGUGAAGGAGAGAAGAACACCCAGUGGAGGUUUGGUGCUCCUCCUAACUAUGAUGCUGUCAACAAGCUCUUUGAAGAAGGCAGGACUAAGGUAUGGACUCCAGGGUCACUUGAAGAAAAAGUACAGAACCUUGUGAAGACAUGGGAGAUGGAGCUUUUCCACAAGACCUCCUUUGACCAGUAUAAAUCACUUGAUCCAAACAAGUAUACCUUCAGCUUAAAUGGAGGGGAAGCGCUGAGUCUGGAAGACAAGCGCAAACUUGGGGGAGGCUACAACGCCAUGUUGCAGACCUCCUUGCCGGAGAAGUACCGCUGCUACGACCCCGCCGCCCACACCGCUGACUCCUCUGACCGUGCGUUCACCACCACAUUCCCACGCGGUUUUGCGCUCGAGAUUCUGCAAGUCUACUCCGGGCCGCCGCUCAUCGUCUUCAAGUUCAGGCACUGGGGCUUCAUGGAGGGUCCUUUUUUGGGGCAUCCCCCCACCGGCGAAAUGGUCCAACUCUUCGGAAUCGGCAUUUUUCAGGUGGAUGAAGAUAUGAAGGUGGUGAAGGUAGAGUUCUUUUUCGAUCGGGGAGAACUGCUCGGUGGUCUUGCAAAGGCCGCCGGAUCCGGCGGCGUCGUUGAUGAUCUACCUUCAAGCUGUCCCUUCCUUAGGAACACUGGGUAGUCAAUGACUCAUAAUGUAGUAUUGGAGGAAUAAAUUUGAGAAUUGGGAGUGCAUUUAGAUUUCGUGAAUUUGAACAAAAAUUCGCUCGCUUUUGUAUUAUUGUUUUAGAUGGGUUAAUUUCAUGAGAAUUUUAAAUUGAGCAUUUUUUAAAA